CUGAAUUUGCUUUUUUGGAUAUAGUGGGAAUCCGUGAGGUCACCUUUCCCCCAAAGCUAUCUGUGGAGAAAAAAAAAAAUCCCUUCUCUUAUCUCAAGACGUCAGAAAACUUCCAGGACCUCAAACUUCUGGCUCGCAGCCCCUCCAUCCAGUUGCCGCCAUGUAUUCCCUGGUCUUCCUCUGUGCCCAGAAGGUUGUCUCUCACUAUACAACUCUGCAAGAUGCCCUGGGCUUCCUCCCAAAGGAGCUGUAUCCCGUCCUGUUCAAGGCUGCCUUCAUGGAUAAGAGAACUCCGUCGCUUCAGCAAUUGGUGCAGACCUGGCCAUUCCCUGUCCUCAGUUUCCAGAAACUCUUGCGCAAAUGUCAGCAUUGUGAGCGGGCCCUGAUCCGGGAGAAACCAAACAAGUUGUGCAUUCAGGCCAUUAUUUUGGGAGUGGUGACGUACCUCAUGAAGAUGCUGGAGGAUCGCAAGGGUAGUAAGAGCAAGGGGCAGCGUUUGCAGAUCCUCGACAUGACCGGCCUCCAGGACGAAGGGCAUGGCCCCGAGAGCAUGAGCCUGUGGUCCCGGACGGUCACGCUGGCCAAGGCUUGCCUGGACGUCUCCAAGCAGCAGAGCAAGUGCCUGAAGCGCUCCUCCAAGCGGAGGAAGGGCCCCUACAGCAGCUCAGUGGCCCUGCCGGCCCCGCAGCCUGUGUCCGUGGAUGUCUGGGUGGACCUUUUUGUCAACAGCACCUCCUACGUGGUGCUGAAAGACGCCCUGCAGAUCAACAGCGGCAACGCCCUGCGCUUGCGCUGCCGGGACUUCCGGGCAGAAGAGCUGUCCAUCGCCAGCACCGUGGGGCUGCUGGAAUUCCUAGACCCCGCUGGGGUCCGGCAGGUGGACCUGCGUUUCAACAACCUCGGGCUCUCUGGCCUCCGGGUGGUCCUGCCGCACCUGACCAAGUUCACCAACCUGGCCAGCCUGAAGCUGCCGUACAGCAACAUCGACGUCCGGCGCCUGACGGUGGGCAUGGAAGGGAGCCUGCAGUACUUCGCCACCCAGCUCAGCCGCCUCACCUGCCUCAAAGAGCUGAACCUGGGCUCCUCCAGGCUUUCAGGCAAGCUGCGGCAACUCCUGGGGGACCUGCGAAGCCCUUUGGAGAGCCUGGAGCUGGCCUUUUGCUACCUGCUGCCCAACGACUUUGCCUACCUCUCCCAAAGCCUCCACACCUCGGCCCUGAAGAAGCUUGACCUGAGCGGCAACAACCUGUCCGACAGCCUCCUCCAGCCUCUGCAGGGCCUGCUGACCGAGGCCGCCUCCUCUUUGCUCCACCUGGACAUCAUGGAGUGCCGGCUGAUGGACAGCCACCUGAACCUGCUCCUGCCCGCCCUCUGCCGCUGCACCCGCCUCCGCUACCUGGGCGUCUUUGGCAACCCCAUCUCAGCCAAGGGGGUGAAGAACCUGCUCCACAAGACAGUGGGCCUCUUGGACUUGCGGCUGGUCAUCUACCCCUACCCCGUGGACUGCUACGGAGACGACCUGCCCUGGCCUCCCACCUCUUCCAACCUGCUCAACGGUUCGGUGGACGAGGAGAAGUUCUCCCGGGUCAGCAACGAACUCCAGCAGAUGCUGCUGAGCGCCAACCGGGGAGACGCCAUCUGGACCACGAACCUCUGUCGCCACAACAGCCUCGACUAUUUCAGUUUAUAGCCCCGUUGGGCGUUGGUACUCUUCUACACCUGGAAUAAAGCCCCACCCACCCACCUCCCCUUCUUCUUCCUCUCUCGUCGGUGAUCUGAGCCCACCUGGCAAUCCCGGUGGGUGUAAAGCCAGAAGACGUACCCGGCUUAACCCCGCCAGCAGCCGACGGAAGAGCCUGCAGGGAGGUUCUCCUGAAGACUGGAAACGCGCUCUGCCAAUUGUGCUGGGCCCUCGAGGUUGCCGGUGAACGGGAGCCGCCUGGCAGGCAUCGGUGGAAGGGGGCACACAGCUGGGGGGGGAGAGGGGGGGGCUUCUGCUGUCUCUCCAUCCCUGCUGAAGGUGGAUGCCAGCCCAGAAUGUCUGUCCCAACCAUGUUUUUCCCCCCCCGCCCCAGUUGCAGACCAUUUCCAGUGCAUGUAGCAAUGAGAGGGAGGGGGGGUCAUGUUCCCUGUUGUUUGAUUAUUAUUAUUUUUUACUUCUAUACAUCAGAAUGUAGCGUUGUGUUGUUUGUGGGGCCAGAUAAGAGAGUGCAGGUGGGCGUUUUUCACCUGUUCGUUCGCCCUCUCGCGUUGUCGGGUAAGGUGGGAGGAGGCAAGUUUUGGAUCUCGAGUUUAGAGGGAAACCUCGUUUUUACGACGGGCGGCGGGAGGGGGAAGAUGACGACACAACAGCUUUCAUGUUGAAAUAAAAAAAACAAUGGCUCU